AUGUUGCUGGCGAGCAGACCCUGCCAGGCGCCCGAGGGCUCCGACGCCGAGGAGGACACGCCCGCGGAGCAGGAGGUCCAGUUGGAGCCCGCAGAGCAGACGGUCAAGGAGGAGCCCGCAGAGCAGACGGUCAAGGAGGAGCCCGAUGAGGCCUCGGCGGAGCACUGCGAGUCGGAGCUUGACGGGCCGCCAGCAGACCAGAUGCAGCCGCCCACUUCGCCUGCGGAUCCGCUCAGCCAGCAGGGGUUCGACGAUGGUCGCGGGCGGGCACCGCCCAUCGCUCCGACGCCGCGCGCGGCCGCCCGCCUCGCCCCGAAGGCUUCCAUCCCCAAGCGGGCCGCGCAGUCGACGAUGAUGACGCCGCCUGCGAAGAGGAUGAAGAUCACCAAGAAGUCACCUGCGGAGAAGUGCUGCGAGCUCUACGCGACGCAGCCGACCGACAAGGCGACGCCCGCCGAGGCUGGCCAUAAUUUUUGGGGCUGUGGCAUGGAUGGGGCAUCUGGGCCAGUGCAGGAGGUGGCCUUCCCGGCGCCGCCGUUCCCGCAGGGCGCGCCUUUCCCGAAGGUCGACGCCCCUCUCCCGAAAGCCGUGCAGAACGCGCCCCUUCGCGUCAAGAGGUCCACUUCAUCGCCGAUGAGUGCGGCGAGCCCGCCGAAGAGCAAAGCCGCGUUCAAGGCCACCUCCGCCAGCGCGCCGUCCACCCCUGCCGGCGCUGCCGGCGAUUCCGAGGAUGCGGAGCUCGAAGCGAUUGCGCGCUGGAUGAAGUACGGGAAGAUCAACUGA